AUGGCCAUGGAGGGGAUGGGCGAGAAGACGUCACAGCCUCCGGGGAGCAAGCGUCUCUCCGUUUAUUAUGGAAUUGAACCCUUCUGGGCUGUUGUGUUGAUAAAACAAGCUAGCUUAGGUGGCAUCUCCAACUUGUGUUUAACUAAAGCUCUUCUCGAAUUAAAGAAGCAACUGGAAAGUGCGGAGUUGAAAAACCAGCGUUUAAGGGAGAUCUUCGGAACCAAGAUUCAAGAGUUUCGCAAAGUGUGUUACAAACUGACCGGCUACCAUAUUGAUAUUACGAUUGAGAACCAGUACCGCCUCACCUCCAUCUACGCCGAGCACCGAGAAGACUGCUUGAUCUUCAAGACUUCCAGAUCUUCCGGGGCAAAGAUGCAGCUGCUGGAAACCGAGUUUUCGCAGACGGUCCGGGACCUGAUAGAGCUUCAUCUCCUGCAACAGGACAGCAUCCCCGCCUUCCUCAGUGCAGUCACGCUUGAACUCUUCAGUCGCCAGACAGUGGCUUAGCCACCUCGGCUGGGUGGAGUAGUCCUUGUGUCGGCCGCUUGUGGCUCACGGAUGGAGAAGUCUGGCAGGGGGUCGGCUGAGGGGCCACUCCGUUGAGAGGAACUGGCCUUUUUUCCUCUUUUCAGUUGCUACUAUGUGGAUAUUUCAGAAGCUUGUAGGGGUCCUUCCGCAUUUUUCCUAUUUUCUGAAGAAGUAACCUAAUCUUCCUUCCUUCCCCCCUAACCCUUCCUCCAUUCCUUCCUUUCUUCCUUCUUUCUCUCCCUCCUUUCCUUC